AAAAGAACCGUGUCUUGAGUCUCGCCCUUUCGGUAUUGUUCUGCUAAUCACGUGAUUAAUACAAUUGCUCGGCACGUGUCUGACAUUGACAUGGGCGAAGCAACAAUAGCUACUCACAGAAGAAGUACAUUGUAUGGGGCAACGAAGUAUUGUUUAUUUACAAGCACAAAAGGAUUUAACGGAUGACAUGUUGCGUGACAAAAACUGUCAGCAGUUACGGUAUCUUCGUGCAGCCUUUUGUGUAUGUUUGGAGUGUAACCCAAGCGGACACAUUUUGCAAAAUAUGUUGCUGGGUGAAUGAUUUUAGAGGUUAAUCUAUUAUUUACACAACAGGACUUAAUGCUUGGUACUGGCCUGCAAUAAUGUUUACGUAAGUCGUUUGCGUAAAAAUAGAUAUAGACAAAAAGGAUAAAAUAUAUAACGUACCACCGUGAAUAUCAUUUUGCAGAGUUAAGUAUACAUAUAAGGCUAAGAGAUUGGUUAUUUUUAGCAUAUACUGUUGCUGAACACGGACGAUAAUGAAUUCUAUGUCGGACAUUGUAGCGUUGAAGAGGGUGGACAUGGAAAACAUUCAACGAAUCGGUCGGCCAUUAGUUCCAAUAACUCCAAGACUGGUGACGUGGAAUGUCAACAACGAACGACCAAAUGUCUACUUUCCCAACAUUAAUCGGAGCUACAUUUCUGACCUGACCUACAUACCUGGACAAUUCAUUAACAGAAGAUCUCACUACAACAGUGUCAACCGAGAAGCAUCUUGGACGCCAUAUACUUCUGUUAAACAUCAACCGCUAGUAGAAUGUGACAAUCCUGAAGCUGAAGACGAAGAAGAAGCAUCUUUAACCAACCCUCUCUAUCAUCCACAACUAAGGAUUCCUAAACCACUUGGUUUAUUAAAGAAAGAAUACAAACACCCUCUGUCCAUGUAUGAAGAUGUUUUAAGCAACAAGUUUUCAAGAUAUGCAUUGAAACAAAGCAAUUUCAAACUGUUUAACUCUGGAACACAAGAUCCCACCUUACCCCAACAAUAUGUAAGCAACCUGCCACAGAGUGUAUAUUGGUAUGCGGAACGCCCACGCAAUGCAGGGAAAGAGUGGGUUACCAAUCGAUGGCGAAUGUGGAGUGGGGGUAGCGCAUCAAGUCCUGAAUAGAAGAUUCUUUUCAUUUAAUUGUUGUUUGCAAUUUAUGAAGUACAGUAUACAAAUACCAAUAUAAAAAUCUGUCAAUA